AUGGCCGAAACACAAUCAUACAAAGAGCUCCUCGCAAAAUGGGCUGACAAGUACCGAGGUGUAAUAGAAGACCUAGANCCCCCAGCAGCAAUGUCAACAUCACCAGACUCACUCAUCUCAAGCGCCAUGAUGACCGCCUACGAAAGAGAAUACACACACCUAACCGUCGUCGCGCCCGAGACGCGCGCACUGGUGGGCUACCUCUCCAUGCCCCACCUAAAGCACCUGCUCAAGGCGGGCGCCGUCCGCGACACGGAUACAGUGGACAGAGCAAUGACAAAGUUCAAGAGAAAGGGCACGAAAUACCACGUCAUCACCAUGGACACGCCGCUGGAAGAGCUCGAGGCCUUUUACGCGGGCUUGACGGAGGAUGGGCAGAUGCCGGCACAGGAGUUUGCUGUCGUGACGGAUGCUGGGCGCAAGUUUGUGCUGGGUGUUGCGACCAAAGAGGACUUGGAAGAGUUUGUCAAGAGGAGACCGGUCUAUUGA